AAGUCGGACUGAUGUCAAAACUCAAACAGUCAAGCGAAUAUUAUUUUGGUUUCAAAUCUGUGAUGUUUUAUUAGGGUGGGACCCUUUAUUCGUUUCCUUUUUAUAAUUGUUAAUAUGCUAUAAAAUCAAGGUUUUGGUCAUCAUGAGUUACUUAACAGUCGAUGGUCCGAAACCAUCUACAAGCUCGGAUAAAAAUUUGGAUGAGGCUGACAAUGAAGACCUCGAGGUGGAUAAUUCAAAAAGUGUGUUGCAUAAGAUAGCAAACCUGUACGCUGAGCAAUUGAUGAGUGAUUUAGUAUUAGAAGUGGGGGGAGUUGGCUAUCCAGCACAUAGAUUGAUACUAUGUGCCAGCAGUGAGGUGUUUCAGGUGAUGUUAAUGAACAGAGAAUGGAGCGAGUGGCGCGAGAGUCGGAUAGUGUUACAAGAAACACCCACUGCUGCAUCAGUCUUCCCACAUUUUCUUAAGUACUUUUAUACAGGACAAAUAAAAAUUUCAUAUCAGACAGUGUUACCAGUUUUAUCGCUAGCUGAUAAAUACAAUGUUAAGGAUUUGGUCUCGCUGUGUUUGGAUUAUAUGUCCCAACAUAUAGCACUGGCAGCUAAACGCGGUCAGCUCAUAGCGUGGAUGCAGUAUACUAUGGCGUGCGGCCAUAAUAGUGUAGCUAAGGAAUGCCAGAACUUCGUGAAGUGGAACAUGGAGUGGGUGUGGUCCGGCGCCGAGCUGGCGGAGCUGGAGGACGACACGCUGCUGCUGAUGCUGCAGCAGAGCGACCUGGUGCUGCACAACGAGAUGACCCUGUUCCGGUUCGUUGUGAAAUGGUUGGACAAGCAGAAGGAGAGGCUGAACUCCAGCGAGGCGAGUGAGAGUGAUUGCAAGAUGCACUGGGACUCUCUGGUCACCGCUGUGUUCUCUCAUGUUCGGUUUCCAAUGAUGUGUCCAAACCAAUUGGCGAAACUCCUCCUGUGUCCUCUCACCCAGGAGCAUAAAGAAUUCUUCAUGGAGCGGAUGGCUAUUGCUAUGAGCUAUCAGUCUGGCCAAACGGAGCGUAUAUCCGAGAUCCAGCAAACGGAGACCGGCCGGAUGCUGUUCACGCCCCGCCUCUACACCGAAGACAUAUGGGGUUCGAUUCUCGGCGUGGACUAUUUCCACUCGCUGCCCAGCUAUCACACGAGAACGUUCAUAUUUUCGACCAGACCGAGCGUAGCAGACUGCGGCAGCGACAGGCUCAACGAGUGGACGGUGGACCUGCACCCCAAGGGGGUUUGGUUCAAGAAGAGCAUGUUGAUCGUGUGGUCCGGGACUUAUGAUGUGCCAGAAGUGGUGCUGCGAACGGUGCGCAUCUCCAUCACGUGCCAGAGCUGCUCCCAACAGACCGACGAGUACGACGAGUCGUAUGAACCCGAUGUUAGAGUGAAGAUCGGCAUCCUCGUGUGGGGGGUGCAGAAUGGCGUAGAGCACGUGGCGUCCGUCGUCGAGAGGGUGCACCGGUUUUCCGCACAGAACAGGGUGUUGAACAUAGAUGGCGCUCUGGAUUUCGACGAGUUGAACACUCCGCUGUACACGCCCGCAGCUAACUCGCCGCCGUGGAAAGUUAACGGCCGCUGCGCCAAGUGUACCGACAACUGCGAGCUGCCCGAGCCGAAACAUCUGUUGGGACCAAAUCGAGACCAGCUGCGGAUACAAGUUGUAAUCGUCCCGCUGACGGACUUCUGCCACGUGACCGCGCACGACGGCUCGCGCGGAUGACCGCGUCGCUCCAUCUCGCUCGCACGCGCGGCGUGCGACAGAGACGGCGAUACUGACCAACAUACAUAGUGCGAUACUGUGACAUUCGUUCUGUAAACGCUUACGUAUCUGAGGCAUACAGAUGUUUAAUACUUGGAAGCUAUUGAUUGAUGUUUGUUUGACGAUUUUAAAUUUAUUUAUUGGAUUGUGAAGAAAAUGCAAAAAGAUUCGUAUGGAACAUGCUUGAUAUAUUUGACGUGGAAUUACCCGUUCCUCUGGGAUAUGACGAGGUUGACGAUCGAUUUAAUUUGUAUUUAGUACAGAUGUAACAAAAUUGUACUCUUGAGAUUUGUCUUAAGAGUUAUUUAAUAGUUUUGAUAUUAAAGACAUGCAAUGUGACUAAGUUUCGAGGUGGUCUAUUAAAAAUAUGUUUUCUUGUAUGUUCCAAACGUCAGUAUUAUAAUUCUGUGCGGAAAGAAACGAGACAUUUUAUCGAUUAUUGAAUAGGUAAGGUGCAAGUCUUUAAUAUCAAAAUGGUAUUAGACCUUAAAAUUUAAAAUGAAUCAUUUCUAAUUAAGUUCUAGAGCAAGCAAUAGAUUAAUUUGGCAACUUAAUUGUUUUUAGUUAAACAAAAUCUUUUAUUUAUUAUAAUUACUGUGAUCUAACAAUGGUUAGAUAUGAGAAUGUGCAAUAAGAUCAUAAAAUUGUCGUUAUUUAGUUUUUCUAUUAAAGAAUUUAUAAAAUA